GCAUACGCGUUCUUACUUCUUCCCCCAAAAUCGGUCCAUUGUCUCGAUCCACAGGGAAAUGCCCCACGGGCCUGCUUAGGUCUUGACACACGCGCUCGGCGCUCUCUGGCCUCCGCCGGCUUCCUCUUACUGCUCUCCCGGACGUUCCCCGGAAAUCCCCGGCGGCGCCGUGUUUUCGUCCAACGGGAUACCUCGGAGGCACGCCAUGCUCCGAGCCCUCUUCUAGGCGGCCCCUCCUCCUCUUCCCGCUCGGCUUCUUCCGGCCGCCGCGAAGUACAACAUGGAAGCCAAAUGGGUGGCACUGCCUAUACUUGUGCUGCUUGCGAUGCAAAUUCAGCCUGUUUACUGUCCAGAAGAUCCCAUGUCAUCACCACAUGAUGACUCCACACAGUUGUCUUCUAAUUGCAAGGAUCCCUGUGAAAACAGCAGCAUCGUUUGUUCAGCCAUGGUAUCCUUUAUGGAUAUGUUUCUUCCUUGGUUCUCUUCUAUUGUGUCUUUCGUGAUACUGUUUUGUCCCUUCUUACGUAUCAAAGAUAUGAAGCCCAAUACACGAACUUAUGCACAAACACUGUUUUGCUGGUUUCUGUAUCUUGGCUUCUGGGAUUACAUUAUCUGGAUAUUCUAUUUUUGGAAAUGCCAUUAUCCACGUUACUCAGCAUUUCCUAUAUUAAUGAUGUGCAUUUCUGGGUUCGGCAUUCAUGCGUUCUUGUCAAUCAAGGCUACUCUAAGGACAUCAGCCAUGGGGGACCAUCGAGUGAGGUGGAUCACUAUAUUAACCUUUUGCUUCAUUGGUGGCGGUGUGGCUUAUCGAGGCACGCAAAUUAUUGGAUGGACAGGAGUUGCACUGAGUGUGCUAUCGCAUUUUUGUAGAAUUGCAUCCACUGAGUACCAUAACAAGAUUAAUUGGUUUCUGUUUUUGGCAUCUGUGGUUGGCUCAGUAAAUGGAUUCUUGUGGCUUAUUCAUCCACAGCUUUGUAUCUCAAGGGAAUACAAGAAUUGUCUCAUCAUGAACUUGGUGGUAACCCGUGAUUCCGACCUCGUGGCGUACUAAGAUGAAUUCUUUGAUGAUAAUGUGGUGAUUUAGAUUGAAACACUCUGUCACCAAGUUUUGUUUAAUUGGAUAAUUGUGCAAGAAACAGAAAUUUUCAAGUGUAAUUAUAUUUAUUGGAAAGGAUGGUUGUUUGACUUUUUUUAUAAUAGGAGGAUGCACUCAAUAAAAUAGUUAGAUCUUAUGAA